CCAUAGGUCCUCAAGGGCUAUUCUAUAGAAGUACCCAUAGGUCCUCACGGGCUAUUAUAUGAAGGAAUCCAUAGGUCCUCUAGGACUAUUAUAUGGAGGUACCCAUAGGUUCCCAUGGGCUAUCCUAUAGAGAUACCCAUAGGUCCUUAAGGGCUAUUAUAUGGAGGUACCCAUAGAUCCCCAGGGCCAUCCUAUAGAGGUAUCCAUAGGUCCUGAAGGACUAUUAUAGAGGUGCACCACAUGCUAGGGUUCAUUCUGGAAAAAAAACAAAGUUCGAAGUUCUCGGAGGAUGAUUAUCCGACCUCUCAAUGACUCCUUAUGGGACAUGGUCUGCACUAUAAAUAGGGGUGCACCAUGUGCUACGGUUCAUUCGGAAAAAAAAACAAAGUUCGAAGUCCUCGUAGGACGAUUUUCCUACCUCUCAAUGACUCCUUAUGAGACAUGGUCUGCACUAUAAAUAGAGGUGCACCACAUGCUAGGGUUCAUUCGGAAAAAAAACAAAGUUCAAAGUCCUCGGAGGACGAUUUUCCUAUCUCUCGAUGACUCCUUUUGAGACAGGCUCUCCACUAUAAGUAGGGGCGCACCACAUGCUACGGUUCAUUCUGAAACAAAAACAAAGUUCGAAGUCCUCGGAGGACGAUUUUCCUACCUCUCGAUGACUCCUUUUGAGACAUGGUCUGCACUACAAAUAGUGGUGCACCGCGUGCUAGGGUUUAUUCUGAAAAAGAAACCAAAGCUGGAAGCCCUCGUAGGACGAUUUUCCUACCUCUCGAUGACUCCUUUUGAGACAUGCUCUCCGCUAUAUAAUAUGGUGCACCACAUGCUACGGUUCGUUCUGAAAAAAAAACAAAGUUCGAAGUCGUCGGAGGACGAUUUUCCUACCUCUCGAUGACUCCAUUUGAGACAUGGUUUGCACUAUAAAAUAGGGUACACCACAUGCUGGGGUUCAUUCUGAAAAAAAAAAACAAAUUCGAAGUCCUCGAAGGAUGAUUUUCCUACCUGUCGAUGACUCUGUUUGAGACAUGGUCUCCCCUAUAAAUAGGGGUGCACUAUGUGCUACGGUUCAUUCGGAAAAAGAAAGCAAAGUUCGAAGUCCUUGGAGGACGAUUUUCGUACCUUUCGAUGACUCUUUUUGACUUAUGGUCUCGACUAUAAAUCGGGUUGCGCCGAGUGUUAGGGUUCAUUCGGAAAAAAAACAAAGUUCGAAGUUCUCGGAGGACGAUUUUCUUACCUCUCGAUGACUCCUUUUGAGACAUGGUCUGCACUACAAAUAGGGGUGCACCGCGUGCUAGGGUUUAUUCUGAAAAAGAAACCAAAGCUGGAAGCCCUCGUAGGACGAUUUUCCUACCUCUCGAUGACUCCUUUUGAGACAUGCUCUCCGCUAUAUAAUAGGCUGCACCACAUGCUACGGUUCAUUCUGAAAAAAAACAAAGUUCGAAGUCGUCGGAGGACGAUUUUCCUACCUCUCGAUGACUCCAUUUGAGACAUGGUUUGCACUAUAAAAUAGGGUGCACCACAUGCUGGGGUUCAUUCUGAAAAAAAAAACAAAUUCGAAGUCCUCGAAGGACGAUUUUCCUACCUGUCGAUGACUCUUUUUGAGACAUGGUCUCCCCUAUAAAUAGGGGUGCACUAUGUGCUACGGUUCAUUCGGAAAAAGAAAGCAAAGUUCGAAGUCUUCGGAGGACGAUUUUCCUACCUCUGGAUGACUCUUUUUGAAUCAUGAUCUCCACUAUAAAUAGGGGCGGGCGAGGUGCUAGGGUUCAUUGGGAAAUAUAAAGGAAAGUUCGAAGUCCUCGGAGGACGAUUUUCCUACCUCGCGAGGACGCCUUUUGAGACAUAGUGUCUCCUAUAAAUAGGGAUGUACCAUGUGCUAGGGUUCAUUCUGAAAAGAAAGAAAGUUCGAUGUCCUCGGAGGACGAUUUUCCUUUGUCUGGAUGACUCUUUUUGAGGCAUGGUCUCCGCUAGAUGGUGGAUACGGUAUUUUUCCGGUGUAUUCCGUGAUGGAUAUGGUAUGUUUCCGGUGUAUUCCGUAAUGGAUACGGCGUGUCCGGUGUGUUCCGUGAUGGAUACGGUACGUCUUCGCUGUAUUCCGUGAUGAAUACGGUGUGUCCGGUGUGUUCCGUGAUGGAUACGGUGUGUUUCCGGUGUAUUCCGUAAUGGAUACGGUGUGUCCGGUGUGUUCCGUGAUGGGUACGGUGUGUUUCCGGUGUGUUCCGUGAUGGAUACGGUGUGUUUCCGGUGUAUUCCGUGAUGGAUACGAUGGAUUUUCCGGCGUUUUCCGGUGCACGGAAAAGUUUUGUAAUUGACUGGUUCCUGGUACGGUGACUUUCCGGCCGGAAUACUGCCCCCUUUCCAGUAUUGUUCCGGUCAGUUCCGGCAGGAAUUGCACGGGAACUGGCGGGAAUUAGCCGGAAAAUGCGCCGAUUCCUGCAGGUUCCGGUGGGAUCCGUUGACUGGAAUCAUCGACCUAGGUAUAAUUCAAAUCAUAUCUUUCAUGAUCACCCACUAAGUCAGUUGUUGUGACAUAUAAUGAGUGGUAAUCUUCUUACGUUUACAAUGAUCGGAGAUUAUUCGUUAGAUGAUGUCAUGACUCAGAUCAGUUUGCUCUUGUAAUAGAUCACUUGUAAUAUAAGAAUCAUUAUUAAUAAGAAAAUAGAUCUGUUUGAUAUUUUCAAAUGUCAUCAGGUUACAGAUCCGUCGGAUCAUACUUUGUCUUCAACUUAUUCCCGACUUUUACGAAACAUUUCUAUUGUCUUUCAAUUGUUCUUAGAGAUAAAACCCGAUCGCUGAAAACAAAAUAUAGUUUAGAACGAACUUAAGUGCCACAGCGAAUGUUUUUCUGAUUUAUCUAAAUCAGGGACGAACAACUUUGUUCAAAAUUCUAAUAGUACUAUAUCAACUAAAAUAUUUUAGAGCACUAUUCCGACUAGAGAAAUUUCCUUAAGCCUUCUAUAAAAUAUCGAAUUUGUUCAGUAGUAAAAACCAAAUGUUCUUUUUAAAUUUUUCAACAAAUAUGUAUAUUUCGUUUUUUAAUUUUCAAUUUAGUUAUCAAGAAGCAAUUGGUCUUGAAACGGAAUAUAAUCAAUUAGAAGAAUCUAAAAAUACUGAUGAAUUAAUUAAAUUUUAUGAAACGUACAAUGAACAAUGGUGUGCAAUGAUUGAUUCAUCUACGGAAAAGGAAUUUGGUAAUGGUGACACUACUUUUGGUAUGCCCUAA